AUGUCUGAAUCUUGUGGUUGUUCAUCCGAUCAAAAUCCUUGCCAGGACUUACUCAUUGCCGCCUAUCAAUGCUAUCUUAAGAACAAAAAGCAUCCAGAAGUCUGUUUACAACAAGUACGUCAAGCCCAAGAGUGUUACACUCAAUCUUCACCUACUUUCUUCACUCGUAUUCGUAAUCUUUUCCGCCGCUUCCCCAGACCUACUCUUUAA